UUAUUUUAUUUAUGUGGUGGAGAAGAGAACCAAUUGAAUGGAAAAACAACAACGGCAGCCUUCAGAGGUGUGGCAUGGAAAACAAAAUACAGUAAGUAAUAAUCAAAUGAUAUUAUGAUAGCUAGCUAGCCAGCCAGAUUAAUGAGCGGUUUGGUUUUGAUGCACGGUGGCGUGGUUCUCUUCCAACCAAAACUUGCAAAGUUGAGAAGAAUCCAAUGCGUCAACAAGGUUGGAGUGAGUAGCUGUAGGCAACAAUUACUUGAAAGUGUAGACAAAGAGUUAACAAAAGGAGAUGAUAGAGCUGCUCUUGCACUUGUCAAGGAUUUACAAGGAAACCCCAAUGGGGGGCUUCGUUGUUUCGGCACAGCUAGACAGGUUCCUCAAAGGCUUUAUACAUUGGAUGAAUUGAAGCUAAAUGGAAUUGAAGCUAUGUCUCUACUAUCACCUGUGGAUACAACUCUUGGUUCAAUUGAGAGGAACUUGUUGAUUGUUGCCAUUGUUGGAGGGUUUGCUGCUUCCAAUGUCUUUGGAAUUUCCCAACAACAAAUCUUCUAUAUAUCCUUGGGAUUGCUGUUUCUAUGGACUUUUGACUUGGUCUCUUUCGGUGGAGGUCUUAGUAGCUUGGUUGUUGAUACAAUUGGUCACAAGUUCAGUCAGAAAUACCACAACCGGGUUAUUCAACAUGAAGCUGGGCAUUUCUUAAUUGCUUAUCUGGUUGGAAUACUUCCUAAAGGAUAUACAAUUUCUAGUUUGGAUGGUCUGAUGAAGGAGGGUUCUUUCAAUAUUCAAGCAGGCACAGCCUUUGUCGAUUUUGAGUUCCUCGAAGAAGUUAAUGCAGGGAAAGUAUCAUCUACGACAUUGAACAAAUUUUCAUGUAUAGCUUUGGCUGGGGUAUGCACCGAGUAUCUUAUAUAUGGAGUUUCUGAAGGAGGUUUGGAUGACAUAAGAAAGUUAGAUUCUUUGCUCAAUGGGCUAGGCUUUACACAGAAGAAGGCGGAUUCUCAAGUUAGAUGGUCUGUGCUAAAUACAGUCUUACUCUUGCGUCGGCAUGAAGCAGCUCGAGCUAAGCUUGCUGAGGCCAUGUCUAUGGGAAGUUCGGUAGGAUCCUGCAUUGACAUUAUAGAGAGUUCUAUCGAUGUUUCAGAUCUACAACUGAAGGCCGAAGCUGGACCCCCUUGAUGUUUUUGCUUCACCACUUCUACACUAUACUCCUGCAUUGUGGUAUAUUGGUUCAAAUUUAGAAAAAACUUUCAUUCGGCAUUACGCUGGGCAAAUCUUCUGCAAGCAGAAUGUGAAUCGAUUUUGUGACAGUGGAAAACAAUGAAUCAGUGCAGUUCUUGAGUAUACUGGCUAGCGAUUUCGGAGACUGUGUGCGUGAAGGAUCGUUUAUGGAGAGAAAAAAAAGGAUUAGUGAUGUAACCCUGCAAAGUAGGUUUAAUUUUAAAGGAUAAGUAAACUUGUAUAUAAAGUGAUGUAACUCUUUUGAACAUAUUUAUAUUCCUAUAUGGUUAUAUGUAUCGGAAAGAGCUUGACCAUUGUCUGAACAUUUCAACCAAAGAAAUUCAGUCUCUGAGAAUGUAGCUGAGACACUGUCAUUGCCAUAA